AUGGGAGAUUACAUUCAAUUAGAAGUUUUAGAUAAAAAGGUUGAAGAAUUUCCAGAUGGAGCAUCAAUACCGAAAGAAAAAAAAGCCAUUUUUAGUGUACAGGGUAUGACAUGUUCAUCAUGUGUUGGAAUUAUAGAGAGUUUUGUUUCAAAUGUUGAAGGUGUAAUCUCAAUACAAGUUGCAUUACUUCAAGAAACUGCUGAAGUUAAAUUUAAUCCAUUAAUUUUAAGUGAAGAUGAUAUAGUUGAACAAAUUUCAAUGGUUGGAUUUGAAGCUAAACAUUUAGUACAAGCAGAGAAUAAUACAAUAGUUUUAAAUAUUGGAGGUAUGACAUGUUCAUCAUGUGUUGGAAUUAUAGAGAAUUAUGUUUCAAAUGUUGAUGGUGUAAUCGAGUGUAGAGUGAAUUUAGCAAUGGAAACGGCAAGAGUUGUAUAUGAUCCAGAUUUAACUGGUGUUAGAGAUAUCAUUAGAAAUAUUGAAGAUGUAGGUUUCACUGCUCAAAUACCUUCUCAAAAUUUUGAUGAUACUAAAAAUAUUCAAAAAGAAGAAGCUGAAAAAUUAAAGAAAAAUUUAAUAUUUAGUACAUUUUUUACUGUACCUGUAUUUUUAAUUGGAAUGGUUUUACAUAAAAUUAGUUUUUUCAAUUUUUUAUAUACAAAUAAUAUUUUACAUGGUAUAAGUUAUGCAGAUUCAAUUAUGUUAUGUUUAACAACACCAGUUCAAUUUUUAGUUGGUAAAAGAUUUUAUGUUAAUGGUUAUAAAUCAUUAAAACAUGGUGGUGCCAAUAUGGAUGUAUUGGUAGCAUUGGGUACAAGUUGUGCUUAUUUCUAUAGUUUAAUGGUAUUGUUAAUGGAUUAUACUUCAGAGGAUGGUGGUAGUACAGUUGGAAUGAAAACAUUUUUUGAUACUUCUGCAUCAUUGAUAACUUUUAUUUUAUUAGGUAAAUAUUUAGAAGUGAUUGCAAAAGGAAAAACAUCAGAAGCAAUUAAAAAAUUAAUGGGUUUACAAGCUACAAAAGCAUUAUUAUUAACAAUUGAUCAAAAUGAAGGUGGUGGUGGUGGUGGUGGUAGUGAUAAUAAAACUACAACAACUAUAUUAGAAGAAAGAGAAAUUGAUAUUGAUUUAGUUCAACGUGGUGAUUAUUUAAAGGUAUUACCAGGAAGUAAAGUACCAACCGAUGGUAUUGUAGUUAGUGGGUUAUCACAUAUAGAUGAAUCGAUUAUCACUGGUGAAAGUUUACCAGUUUCAAAGAAAUCUGGUGAUAAAUUAAUUGGUGGUACAUUAAAUCAAAAGGGUGUGUUAGUUAUGAAAGCAACUAGAAUCGGUGGUGAAACUUCAUUAUCACAAAUCAUUAAAUUGGUUGAAAAAGCUCAAACAGAGAGAGCCCCAAUUCAAAGUUUAGCCGAUAAAGUUAGUGGUUAUUUCGUUCCAUCAGUGAUUACAUUGGGUUUAUUAACAUUCAUAGUUUGGUUAAUUGCUGGUUCAUCUGGUGUUGCCUCUGAUUAUAUAAAAGCAUCAAAUAGUUCAGUAUUUCAAUUCGCUCUAAGAAAUGCAAUCUCUGUAAUUGUAAUCGCAUGUCCAUGUGCAUUGGGUUUGGCUACACCAACGGCUGUUAUGGUUGGUACUGGUAUUGGUGCUCAAAAUGGUAUUUUAAUUAAAGGUGGUAGUCAUUUAGAAACAGCUCAUAAAAUUUCAGCAAUCAUUUUCGAUAAAACUGGUACAUUAACAACUGGUAAACCAAUUGUAUCAAAUGUAAAUAUUUUUGGUAAUCUCAACAACAACAACAAUGGUAAUAAUAAUAGUGGUAAAAUAAAUAAAAAAACAUUCUUUCAAAUGGUUGCAUCAGCAGAAGCUGCAUCUGAACAUCCAUUAGCAGGCGCAAUUGUAAAUUAUGCAUUUGAAGUUUGUGAUGUUCAAUCAACAACACCACCACUAUCAUUCGAAUCAAUAACUGGUAGUGGUAUUCGUGCAACUUUAGCACCUAAUAAUAUUGAAAUUAUGAUUGGUAAUUUGAAAUGGAUAAAGAGUGAAGGUAUUUCAUAUGAUCCAACAUUAACUAUUAGUCCGGAUAGAUCAAUAAACAACAACCACCACCACAAUGAUGAUGAUGAUGAUGAUGAAGGAACAUUAUCACACAUUGAAGAUCAAGUAAGAAGAUUAGAAUCUGAUGGUAAUACAGUUGUUUAUGUUGUAAUUGAUAGACAAUUAAUGGGAUAUAUUGCAAUCUCUGAUCAAUUGAAACCAGAAGCACAUGCAACCAUUACAGAGUUGAAUAAGAUGGGAAUUUGUACUUGGAUGGUAACAGGUGAUAAUCCAAGAACUGCAAAUGCUAUAGCUCAACAGGUUGGUAUCGAUCAAGUGUUUGCAGAGGUAUUACCAUCGAAUAAAUCAAAGAAAGUUAUGGAAUUGAAAAAGAUGGGUCACACAGUGGCAAUGAUUGGCGAUGGAAUUAAUGACAGUCCCGCUUUGGCAGAGGCUGAUGUCGGUAUUGCAAUUGGUGCUGGCACUGAUAUCGCAAUCGAAGCAGCUGAUAUAGUUUUGGUUAAAAGUGAUCUUAGAGAUGUAAUCACUGCAAUUAGUUUAUCGAAAACUACAUUCAAUCGUAUUCGUUUCAAUUAUCUUUGGGCAACACUUUAUAAUAUAUUAGGUAUACCAUUAGCUGCUGGUUUACUCAUACCAUUUGGUAUUUCAAUUCCACCAAUGAUGGCUGGUUUAGCAAUGGCUUUCUCUUCAAUCAGCGUCGUACUUUCUUCACUUCAUUUAAAAACUUAUCAAAAACCAGAUAUUCCAAUUCAUUCUCGUACAACCGAAGAAACUAGACAAAGAAUUCAUAAAGAGCAAUCACAACUUUUCAAGAAAAAUAAAAUCAUUUUCGAAUCAUCUCCAACAAUCUCUUCAAAGAGUAAUAAUAAAAUUGAAAAAUUAUCAUUAUUAUCAGAUCAUGAUAAUAUUGUAUAA